AUGAAAUCACUCUUGGGGACGUUGAUCUUCUUAUGUGGCUUCGGUUAUGAGCAUGGCUCACAUGCGGCAAACAUAUUGGUCUAUAGUCCUUCAUAUAGUCAAAGUCAUUUGAUUACAAAUGCUCUCAUGGCUGAUAUUCUGGCUGAGGAAGCAGGCCAUAAUGUGGUGAUGUUCAUCCCGGAAUAUCACGAGACCAAUUUCAAUGGUACUAAACAUGCAAAAAUUAUCAGAAUGUCUGGGAUUUCGGAUAGCUUUGACGAAAACAUGAAGGAUUUUAGUGCUGGCUUCAUAAAAGAUCAUACGCUCAGCUUCAGAUUGCGAAAGCUUUUCGAGGAGGCCACCAGUGAGCAGUGUGAAGCAAUUCUUCGACGUAAAAGCGAACUGGAGCAAUUGCGUUCCUACAAUUUUGACGUUGCAUUCAGUGAGCAACUUGACCUGUGCGGAGUUGGCAUUAUCAGAUAUCUGGGAAUCAAAAGUCAUAUCUGGAUAUCGUCAGGAUCGAUGAUGGAUGGUUUAUCAGAUACAUUAGGCGUACCAAUGCCCAUCUCAUACGUUCCAUCGGUUGAGGAGAAUGAUCUCAGCACUGAAAUGUCUUUCAUGGAACGAGCACAAAACAUGUAUCUGUAA